CUACCUACCAUCCCCCUUAUACCCGUCUUGGUCUUUGUCGUCUGAUUAAAUGGACGAUCGUCUAGAUUGUACCCUGAUCAUGCAAAUGUAACGACAAUCGGGUAUUGUGUUUUAGUAAUUAGACACCAUUCAUUCAAAAUCACGUGACUAAGAAGUUCCCUAACCAUUAGAUAUUUACACACUCUAGCUGAAGACGAUUUUAUUUUUGUGUGCCUCGGUACAUUUUAGUUUAUGGAUCUUACUUAUGAUGAUCAAACUGGACUGUAAUUGUGUGAGAAUGUAAUCUGCCGAGUUUUUUGUGCAUCUAAGUAAGGAUAAUAUAUAGAACGAAGGCUACUCUAGACAUUUUUAACACGGAUGGCACAAAAUCGUGUGUCACCCAUUGGGGAACAAAUAGAGAGUUUCGAUAAGUAUUACGAUGAUACUUUAAACUCAAUAUCUGCAGUGAAAGUGGAAAUACCUAAUGACAACGGGAGCCAAACCAGGAAAAAUCCUAUCAUAGAAAAUGUCAAGGACUCCGGGCUCCGUAGACGCAGUCGGUCGCGCUCUAAAAGCGCCCACCGCCGACGUCGACAUGUUCAGGAAGAUAAUCCCGGAGGAGCGGAAUCUGAUGACGAUGAUAAUGAUGAUAAAGACGAUCUCCGAUCCCGCAUAGAAAAUAAGAAGGGCCCGGGUCACUGGACGCCUUAUCUCCAUGAGAGGAGAGAGAAAUUACUCCAGAAAGAAGUUAAACAGUCGACUGAUUGCUGUGGCAACCCAAACUCAAACAAACAAAACUGGAGAAAAUUCAAAAUAUGGAAAAAAGAAAUGAGUUACAAAUUGGAACCAUGGGGUUCGUGGUUGAAAAACGUAGAAGGACACCAGGGCACGGGUGUUGUCUCUUACUUUGUUUUUCUACGAUGGUUGUUUUUCCUGAAUCUGGUCAUAUUUCUGAUGAUGCUGUUAUUCGUGACCAUCCCGUACAUUUCCUUUACAAACAGUGGAUAUUCCUACGCCGUCAUAGGAGACGGUAUUUCAGGCGUUGACGUCAGCAAGGAGUCAACGUGUUCGCCGCUGUACACAGUCAACGUCAGCUCCAGUGCAGCAACCCUCGUACAAGAUUUCCUGCAAGGUUCCGGAUGGAUGGAGAAGACAGCCAUGUUUUAUGGUUUCUAUGACAGCCAGGAUCUGACCAUCAAUACGGUCGGCGAUCAUCGCUAUAACUACCUGAUGCCGUUGGCAUACCUGCUGACGUCAUUUAUUAUCCUGAUCUUCAGUUUAAUCACUAUGGCAAGAUAUACUAUGAAGAGCUUCCGCGAAAAUCUUGAGGACCAGAACGAGAAACACCAAUACUGUAACCGGGUGUUUGGAGGCUGGGACUACGCCCUGAGUGAAGAGGGAGCCGCUUUACUCAAACACAGGAGUCUUUAUAAAGACCUAGUGGGCGAGCUAGCAGAACAGCGCCACAUGGAGGCCAGAAAAAGGAUGACAGGAAACGAAAAAUGUAAACUGUACACCAUCAGGUUCUUUAUCAACUUUAUGGUAGUUUGCAUUCUGGGAGGUUCCGGGUACCUUAUCUAUUGGGUCACGGACUGGGUGACAAGUUUUCUGGCAGAUCCAGAUAAUAAAACGACUAACGACAAUAUUGUGGUUCUUCUGGUCGAGUUCUUACCAUCUCUGACGAUAACUGCGCUGAAUGGAAUCGUACCCUUGAUCUUUGGAAUCGUGGUCAAAGCGGAGAACUACACCCCUGAAGGCACCAUUAAGAUUACAUUGAUAAGGACGGUUUUCUUGAGAUUGGCCUCUCUGGCUGUGCUGAUUGCCACUAUAUACCGAAUUGUCACGUGUUCGGAUAAAGAGACCACGUGCAAUGUCGGACAAGGAAGUUGCGAUGAACUUAGAUGUUGGGAAACAUACGUUGGUCAGAACUUCUACAAACUGAUCGUCCUGGACUUCCUGGUUAAGGUCGGAGUCACUCUCGGAUAUGAACUACCAAGAAAAAUAAUAACAUCUAAAUGUGAGGCUGCAGUAUUUAAGAAAAUCGGGCCAGCAGAAUUUGAAAUCCCUAAGAAUGUUUUAGACAUUGUGUAUACACAGACCUUGUGCUGGUUGGGAUUUUUCUAUGCCCCCUUAAUCCCAGUGCUGGCUACAAUCUCUCUUUUUGCUUUGUUCUACCUGAAAUACCUUUCUGCUAUGUAUAACACCAACCCACCGGAAAUCCCGUACAAGGCUUCCAAGUCCAACAACUUCUUCAUGAUUGUUCUGAUGGUUGCGUUCUUCCUGUGCUGUUUACCGGUGGGGUACACUAUGGUCAAGUUGACCCCGUCUAAGGGUUGCGGACCGUUCAGAAUCUACAGUUACAUGACGGUGUGUAUAGACUCCACGAUUUCCAACAUGCCGUCCUGGCUUCAGACAAUCAUAGGACUCUUCUCCUCGGGGUCCUUCAUCAUAACUCUGGUCGUGCUGCUCUCGUUAGUGAUAUAUUACUCUUCCUCAAGAUCUAGCGCACGCGCAGACAUGAUUGUCAUGUUGAAGGAACAAAUGAUAAUGGAGGGGAAAGACAAACAAUUCCUAUUAAACCGUAUCUAUGAACUUACGGGAGAGAAGCCUGGGGCGAAAAAGAGGGAAUCGAGGCCUCCCCCACCAAGUUCUGGACCACCGCCCGCCGUGAAAACAGUGAACGAGGUCAACACCAAAAACGGAAAAGUUCCUACUGAUAGUGACGAACUGGAAAAGAAGAUUCAUGCUACCGAGUUGAAGCCUAUUGAGGAUAUACCAGAAUCAAUCCCGUAUAGUGAACCGGACAAUUCUACCCGAAAUUCUGCAGAGACUGCAUUAAAUCGGGAAAUAACUCCAGUUGACUGGGAUCAAGUACCCGGGGACCAAGAAACUAGUAGAACAAAAUCGACUGUCACAGCAUCCAAAGUAGCGUUUGAUUUCUGAUGUAGCGGGGUCCGUAGAACUUGGCUUUACUGUAUUACUGUGAUAUAAUUUGAAUUGAUUGAUAAAUUUUCCGCUCAUCAUACUCUAAUUGUGAUAUAUAAUGAUCUAUACUUUAUUUUUAUCUAGUAUUUUCUAAACAAAUCAGCAUUGUUUUUCUUUGCCAUAGGAAUGCUGUACAUGUGUAUAUCCCGUCCAUAUGCUUGUAAAUGGUCUAUUUUAUGACAGUUUGUUGCUUUUUAUGUACAUUAACCAUGUUUAUAUAAAGUGAAAGUGAUACUAAUGAUGCAGUUAUAUGUAGAUGAUUAUUUAUACUGACUUAUGGAAAGACGUACAGUCCUGAACAUGUGUAUCUGACUUUGUACGCCUGCCAGAGCAGUUCCUCUGCCCCACGCCGGGGACUCUUGAAGUCCCCAUCAUUGUACUGAGCUGGCCUCGGUUAUUUUUUAUACCUAUAUCUGUGAUUUUAUUAUACUAGCUGUUAAUUGUAUAUUGUUGAUAUGUAAUUUAAAUCGGAAUUCGUUCGAGCCAUGUUUGAAUUGAUAUAAUGUAUAAAGUGUAUGCAAUUGAACUCUUACUAAAACAAUCAUGCACAUCUGCUGUUUUUAUUUGUUUGAGCGAGUGUUUACUUCUUCCAACUUUUGUAAAGACCUUUAUUACAAAUAUGACAGUUUUGUUAACAAUAAAAAAAAGAUCUUCCUUUGAAA